GGCGGCAGUCAGUCUCCUCCUCCUCAUGUUUCCAUCAGAUGAUUUGCAGCCUCGUCCUGUGAUGGAGCCGGACACACGCUGACCCCGGGCUGCACCUGCUCUCUGUCACAUCCAUACACGCCGCAUUACACACGCACGGUGAACAGGACGGACGGACGGACGCCCGCCGCUGCUGCUGCUGCCUGGCGGGAUGCAGGAGGAGCGGCCGGUUGAUAAGCAAGUCACGGAGGAUGAUGGUGAUGAGCUUGCGGGAACAGCCUGUCAACCAGAUCCGAGGAACGACUCUGACAGUGUGGAGAGCAACGGGACCCCCAGCCCUCCGACCUGCAAGAUCUGCUUCCAGGGGCCCGAACAGGGUGAAUUACUUAAUCCAUGUCGAUGUGAUGGAUCUGUGAGGUACACACACCAGCUCUGUCUGUUAAAGUGGAUUAGCGAAAGGGGAUCUUGGACCUGUGAACUGUGCUGCUAUAGAUAUCAAGUCAUAGCAAUCAAAAUGAAAAAACCUUGCCAGUGGCAACGUAUAACUGUAACGCUGGUGGAAAAGGUCCAAAUGAUUGCUGUAAUCCUCGGAUCACUCUUCUUAGUAUCAAGCGUUACAUGGCUUCUCUGGUCCGCAUUCAGUCCUUAUGCAGUGUGGCAAAGAAAAGACAUUCUUUUUCAAAUCUGCUACGGCAUGUAUGGUUUUAUGGAUCUAGUUUGCAUUGGUUUAAUAAUUCACGAGGGAGCAGCUGUUUACAAGGUUUUCAGGCGAUGGCGAGCAGUUAACUUACAUUGGGAUGUGUUGAACUAUGAUAAAGCUACAGAUAUAGAAGAAUCCACCCGUGCUGUGCCUUCUACUAGUAGGACAUUGUGGUUGCCUUUGACCACAUUAAGGUCUAGGACUUUGGUUCAUCCUACACAGCUAAGUUCUCCUCGGUUGCAAUGUGGAUAUGUGUUGCUACAUUUGUUCAACAGAAUGAGACCGCCUCAAGAAGAAUCACCAGAGGAAAGCAGUUCUGGUGAGGUUGUAAUGAGAGUGACUUCAGUAUGAAGAAGAACUUUGUUCAGAGGAGUAUAAUACUUGUUUUCCCUACUAUGAACAGUAUUUUGGAAUGUUGGUCCAAUGAACACAAAGCACUUUCAAAAGAUUUAAAUAUAUAGCAAAACAUUUUUAACUUAAAUCUUUUUUAUAACUACUGUUAUAUUAAAAUACUCUUUUCAGAAACAAAA